CGGCCCAGAGCGAGGCCCUGCUGCUGCCGCUAUCGAGAGUUGCAGUUGUUCCCGGGGCUGUGGAAGGACAGAGCGCCGCGGUCUCCCCGCCCCCGGAGGCUCGGCCCGGUCCGGGCCGGUCCCGCCCCGCCCCUGCCGGUUUCGCGGCCAGUCCUGGGCUCAUGGAGAAUUUCAAGUGGUUGCUAAUGUGAGAAGACAACAUGCCAUUUUGAAGUAUGACAGAAGUCCUGAUGCUGCAGCAGAGGUUAGGAAUAUUAAUGGCCAAAUCUAGAGAGUACAUGGUCUUCUAAAGAAGCCAUGGGUAGCUGCUGUAGCUGUCCAGAUAAAGAGACUGUCCCAGACAACCAUCGAAACAAGUUUAAGGUCAUUAAUGUAGAUGAUGAUGGUAAUGAACUGGGUUCUGGCGUAAUGGAACUUACAGAUACAGAACUAAUUUUAUACACCCGUAAACGGGAUUCCGUAAAAUGGCACUACCUCUGUCUCCGUCGCUACGGCUAUGAUUCAAAUCUCUUUUCUUUUGAAAGUGGUCGACGAUGUCAAACUGGACAAGGAAUCUUUGCCUUUAAGUGUGCUCGUGCAGAAGAACUAUUUAAUAUGCUACAAGAGAUCAUGCAGAACAAUAGCAUAAAUGUGGUAGAAGAACCAGUAGUAGAAAGGAAUCAUCAUCAAACUGAGUUGGAAGUUCCAAGAACCCCUCGAACACCCACCACUCCUGGUUUCGGUGCACAAAGUUUACCUAAUGGGUAUCCCAGAUAUCCCUCCUUUGGAGAUGCUUCAUCACAUCCUUCCAGCAGGCAUCCCUCUGUAGGAAGUGCACGGCUUCCUUCAGUAGGUGAAGAGUCAACGCAUCCAUUGCUUGUCGCAGAGGAACAAGUGCACACCUAUGUCAACACUACUGGUGUACAAGAGGAAAAAAAAAAUAGAUCAAGUGUGCAUGUACCGCUGGAAUUAAGGCUUUCUAAUGUUGAAACAAACAAGACAACAGAAGAACAGAAUUGCACUGAUGACCGAGAUGCUCAGGUUCUUCUGGAGCCUGAAGGAGUCAAAUUUGUUUUAGGACCAACACCUGUUCAAAGACAAUUAAUGGAAAGAGAGCAACUGGAGCAACUUGGGAGAGACCAAGUUAGUGGCAGCAGUACAAACAACUCUGAAUGGGACACUGGGUACGACAGUGAUGAACGUAAAGAAACACCUUCUGGUAAUAAACUAGUGUAUGAAAAUCUAAAUAGAUUAUCAAUCCCUAGUGCCUCAGGAGUCAGGAGAGGUCGUCUGACAUCAACAAGUACCUCAGAUACCCAGAAUAUUAACAACUCUGCUCAAAGGAGAACUGCAUUGUUAAACUAUGAAAACUUGCCAUCUUUGCCUCCUGUUUGGGAAGCCCGCAAGCUAAGUAGAGAUGAAGAUGACAAUUUAGGACCAAAGACCCCAUCUCUGAAUGGCUACCACAAUAACCUAGAUCCAAUGCAUAAUUACGUAAAUACAGAGAAUGUAACUGUGCCAGCAAGUGCUCAUAAAGUAGAAUUUACACGACGUCGGGACUGUACACCAACAGUCUUUAACUUUGAUAUUAGACGUCCAAGUUUAGAACACAGGCAGCUCAAUUAUAUACAGGUUGACUUGGAAGGUGGCAGUGACUCCGACAACCCUCAGACUCCAAAAACUCCUACCACUCCACUUCCACAAACUCCAACCAGGCGCACAGAGCUGUAUGCUGUGAUAGACAUUGAAAGAACUGCUGCUAUGUCAAGUUUGCAGAAAGCACUGCCACGAGAUGAUGGUACGUCUAGAAAAACUAGACAUAACAGUACUGACCUGCCUAUGUGAGCCCGGGAAGCGUUAAAUCAUUUGCACCUUUUGUGAAGUUUAUAAAAUUGAAGAUGCAAAUACUUCAUUUGCAUUUCUUAACACUAACGCCUUUUAUAGAGUAAUAGACUUUUUUCUGAAUAUUUCAUGUGCUUGCCUAACAAAAGGGAAAUAAUGUAGAGCAGGUACUCAUUAAAUGACACCAUUUUAUUCUACAGUAAUAGUAAUUGCUGUGUAGAAGCAUUGCCACUUUUCACAGUGCCUCUUUACUUGGUUAGAGUUGGAGUGACUGACAGUUCUGAAGUUACCAAUAUUCUGGCCAUGUGCCUAUAGUCAUUAAUGGCAUUUAUAACAUUUUAUAAAGCCUCUUGAUGUGCAUUACUAGCUGAUAGCCCUAAUCUUGCAAGGUUGAUAUUUGUACCUUCACUCUCUUCAUUCAUGUGGCCUCCUCCAAUAUGAGAGGUGUCAGUAAUUCAUUAUUCAAUCAGUUUGACUUAUCUGAUAUAUUUUGGCUCAUGUGAAGGGAUAUAAACACUAAGCUUCCUCGUAUAUGUCGGUUCAUUUUUUGAAGUCAUCUGGACAAGCUUCAGAUUCUUGAAGGUUUUUUUAAUUUCUGUAACAUUGAGGGGUUACAUCAAGUUCACUUGGUCAGAGCUGGAGUUGGGUCUGAAAUAAGCCAUAAGUCAUUUCCCCUAGAAAAGAUUUCCAAGUGAUAAUACCUGAACAGUUUUACAGAAUUUUAAUCUGAGUUUUCUAAAGGAAUACACAGGUUGGUUGUAUCUGUGAUUUUAAGGUGUUCUUUAAUUUCACAGUUCUGCUUACCUUUCCAUCUUCAUGUGUGCAAUGUCUUCUUUGACCUAUUCUGUAAUAUCUAUAGGUUAAGAACAGUCAAGUUUUUGUGCAUAACUUUAAUUAUUGUUUAGGAUUUUUGUGUGUUGCUCCUAUUCAGUCUGCACAUUGUCAAAGAAAAAAUCCAGUAGGAGCUUUUUUACUUAAUAGGGUUGCCUUUGUCCAGUGUUUUAUUGAUUUACUUUUUAUGUCUGACAGAAACAUCCCAAAAGUGUUAGUGUCCAGCAGCAUACAGCAUUGCACAAGUGGAAAGGCAUAUUAUGCAUUUUUGUCUUCCUCUGAAGCAUCAAAUAUAAGUCACCAUGGGAGGCAAGAUACUGCAUUUGGUAGUUCAGUGUGACAGAUCUUAAAUUCUAACUGUGGAUCUGUAGAUGAUGUACUUGGAUUUAGAGAGAAUUAGUUACUUACAAUAUGUUGAGAAUUUUUUGAAGGUAAUAUCUAUGGGCAUACAUAUUUUCCCUUUUCAGCUAGUUAACUCAGUUACUCUAAUGGCUUAACUGCUGAUCGAUGUUACAAUACAUCCAGGCAGAAUGCAUCUGCUGAACGUGCCGGGUAUGCCCUUGACAGCCCCUUGUUCUAUACUGAAUAUUAAUAGAAUUGAUAUCAGUAUUGCAGGUGCAGUGCAGGACCGGAAAGAAAACAGAUUAAGCUUGAGCCUGUGAUUUCAAAGGAACUGACUGUUAUGUGAACUGGUGUGAUGUAUAAUAAUCCUCGAGCUGUGGGUGAGAAAAAUCACAUGUAAGAAACUGGCGGGAGGGGAGGUGUUUGGAGGUAUCUCAAAAAUGCUUAGGGUCCUCAUGUAAUAUUUAAAUUGAGCUUUCAUUUAAAACGUAACACUAUUUCCAGUCCUUUGAAUUGUGUGGAGGGUGUUCCUGUUUUCCUAUUAAAUUUUCCUUUUGUCUUCAGCCAGAUAAAUAGUAAGGAAGAGUGAUAGCUGAAAUACAGUUUUCCCGUUCACACCAGUGAGAUAAUGGCAGGCUCAUUUAUAUAGGUCAGGCCUUUUUAUCCUGAAGGAUUUCCAGUGUUCUUUAUAAUACCGAAAUGCAUCCAGGCGCACAAUCAGUACACUUCACAAUAGUAAGGGAACAGGAGUCUUAGUUGGGACAAUUGUAAGAAAACUUCACUGAAAACUUUUCCAUAAUCAUUUCACUAUUAGUCUGUGCACUUGUAUACAUUUUUUUUUUUUUUUUUUUUUGUGAUUUAGGUGCUCGAAAAGGUGAGGGACUAGUAGCAUUCACUAGAACCAGAGGUAGUGCAGAUGCAUGGUGCUAUAAGUGUCCCUUGCUUCUCCCUGACAUUGCACCUCUGUUGUGAUUUGCAACACAUCAUGCAUAUACUAAUCCUGGGUCUGUCUUGAAGUGUUAUUACCAGUUGUUGCAAACUGUGUGGUGGAUGUGUGAAGGUGGGCUAGGAACUAGAAUCAGACCAACAAACUCUCGCUAAUUUGUAAACUAAGACAAGAUUUCAGCGCACAUUUCAAGCAGUUAAAAGGCUAGAACACUUAACUCACCAGCUAGCUUAUCUAGAAACUUAUAUGGCCCUCAUCACCAUAAUAUCGGAGUGUCUCAAUUAUUAAUGUAUUUUAUCCUCAGACACUCCUGUAGCGUAAGGAAGUACUGUCCCCAGUUUAUGGAUGGGGGAACUGAGGCCCAAGUAAACUAUACACGACUUGCUGAAGGUCACACAGAAAGUCUGUGGUUGAGCCAGGAAUUCAACCCAGCUCUCCUGAGUUUUAGUCCAGAUCCACUAGAUCAUCCUUCCUAUCCAACACCUACCAUAGACAAUUCAGAAUAACAUUGUUGCCAACUCUUGCAAUUUUAUGAGUGUUGGCUUUUCUUAAAGCCAUAGAUCCUGGAGUCAUGUGAAUACUACAAAAUCUCACUUUUUUCCUUUUUUUCCUCUUCCCUUCCCUCCCUGCCCAAAUAAAGCUAAAUUUCUUGCCCUUGGGGAGAAAAUCUUGAAAAUGUGAUCCCUAAAGGAUCAAAACCAGAAGGCAUCUAAAAAGAAGCCAAAUCCAAUCUUGUGAUUCCCCCCCCCCCCCCCCGAUUCAUUAUUUUUUGAAUGCUUGGUGUUGGUAAUACUUUUAAUAUGACAAAUGCAAAAAUACAUCAUGCUGCACCUAAAGGGAAGUGUAUCUCUAGCAUACAGAGUGCAUUUUAGCAUUAAUGGUAAUGAUGGUGGUUAGGUUCAGGCUGAUCCCUUCCCCCACAUUUUCCAUUUCUCUAAGCAGUACUGAAUAUAUGGAGUUAUACCUAUCUCAUAGAACUGGAAGGGACCCUGAAAGGUCAUUGAGUCCAGCCCCCUGCCUUCACUAGCAGGACCAAGUUCUGAUUUUGCCCCCUCAAUAUCCCUAAGUGGCCCCCUCAAGGAUUGAACUCACAACGCUGGGUUUAGCAGGCCAAUGCUCAAACCACUGAGCUAUCUCCCCCUCCCUUGAUUAAGCAGGAAAGAGAUAGAAACUACUCAAUUCAUCUAUUGCAUUGUUUUUAUUUAAUUUUCCCAUGAAGUAGUUGCACUUUACCCUUAGAGACUUGGUUGUAUCUUAGUCUCUUUAAAGUUGUGGUGUUAGAUUCAUUAUCUGCAGAUCUGGGGUUCAGUUUUUAGCUGAAAUUUCUCAACUGUAUUUUUAAGCAUAUUUAUUUUGGACCCACAGAUGUACAGAGCAAGAUGCAACAAAUAUGUAACAGUUUAUUGGAAAAUAACUGGCCUAAUAUGUGAAGAUUACCUAACCAAUGCCCACAAAAAGUGGCAAAAUUUCUUUUAAUUCUGUUAUUUAUCCACAGUGUGCAGCUGGCCCCUGCCUUUCAGGCACAUGACAUAUUCCACACUACUAAUCCUCCAAUGUGUAAAGCCUUUAAGCUAGAAAUCACUCCACCCGAUGCCAUGACUAGUAAAAGGUGCGGUGUGUUCAUAUAUUGUACUUUCAAGUAACUGCUCUAAACAAUUCUUAUUUGCAGUAUAUAAAAUAAUAUUAGGAGGCACUGUCCAAGACUCCAUUGUUAAUGUUGCAUUGAAAAUGCAGUUAAAGUGGGAAUUUAAUCCACUGGUUACACAAAGAAAGAUAAGUAUUUCCUUCCGAAAUUGAUACUGUAUACUUAAGAGGUCCAGAAUUAUAUUUUGUGAAAGUUUUUUUUCCAGUGAUUCUAUCAAAUACAUUUUAAAAUAACCAAUUCUGAAAAUUUUGAUUGGCUUUAUAACGUUCUUUUGGUUUCUCCUCAUGAAGUGUCUAAAUUAAAAAAUAAAUAAAAUGUACUCAUGUACUGAUGAUGUAUUCAGUAUAUGGCAGGUGUUGAAUAUAACAAGUUACACAGUAAGGCCCUAAUCUUGCUCUCAUUUAAAUCAAUAACAAAACUAUUAUCUUCAGUAGUGUAGUAUCAGGCCCCCAACUAUUUUUCUUUACAUUUUGCACUUACUACUUAAAUGCUGAGAUAUUUGACUGUCAGUGUGUUCAAAUCUCUGACACAGAAAGCAUUUUAUUGCAACAUAGAAUGCAGUUAGUCUGGGCCACAGCUAUGAUAUACAGGGCCCAGGUCAAGAUUUCAAAGCAGGGCCACUCUGUGGCCCAGCUCCCUGCAACAGCCGCAAUGGAGGCAUCUACAUUCAAUUCAUUUAACGUAAGGUAAAUUAAAUAGUACUUUCAUGGUUAUGACAACCUGAAAGUGUUAUCUAAGUGUGAGAGAGACAGAGACAGAUCUCCUUGUGUAAAUCAACAAUUGGUUUAAGUGGAGUUAUGGCAACCUACACACACUGAAAAUCCAGCCCAGAAUAUUCGUGUUGGUAUCUGGGGUAGAUCCAUUUUGUCUAGGAUGAGGCAGUAUCAGUAGAGGACAGAUUGCCUUUGCCGUCUUUCACUUCAAUUAAGAGUAGGGCUGUCAAGCGAUUAAAAAAAAUAAUCGCAAUUGCGCAAUUAAAAAAAUUAAUCGCAAUUAAAGGAUAAU